AACCCAGCGCGCGCCUCUGUGUCUGCGCGAGCGAAUGCGGGGAACCAGAUGCCAGCGCGUGUGUGCUUGCCUGUGGAUACCUUCAAUGCCGGUGCAAGGGGGGAAGAGAGAACUGUCGAAACACUCUCCUCUGAAUCGCAAACGGCUGGAGACGGAGAAAAAUCGAGUCGUGCCCACGGUCCGCUGGCCGACGUUAAGUGAUGCCACUAUUUGUUGAAGCCGCGGAGAAAAGCGAAAGCUCGGAAUUAUGACACCCCAUGCAGCUGUCUCAGGGAGCGUUCUUUAACGUAUUUGGAAUACAGUGUAUCGGGAUGGAGAACCAGCCUGGAAUAACCACACACCAUUUGCACUGAGUGUGAACGCAAAGUGGACCUCUCUUCGCCAGUAUUUCGUCCCUUUAGUUUGUUUCCCCCUUUAUGUGUUAAUAUUUCAUUUGUAUUUCCAAUUACAUCUAUUUCUUUUCUCUCAUUAUUUGUUCAGUUUGUUUCUGUUGUUGUAAUUUGUGUGUUGUUUGUUUUCCACCUACCAUUUUAUAUGUUUUCGUUGCUGCUCCUUCCGACAACUGCGGUCUGAUCUGUCGGAAAGGUAGAUUGUGCGAAGACUAAAAGCGCUGCACCGUUGAAUGAUAUUCAAUCUCCCAAUCUGAGACGUGUCAUGGAUGGCAAACUUCAUCUGUACCUUCCAAACCAAUCUAGGAAUACUGAAUAACUACUGCUGACCGAGAUCAGGACAAAUGACAUAGGAUGACCACUGCUGGCCAGCUCUGCCUGACUGUGCUGUUGUCCCUGCUGGCGUGGGUGGUGGGGGUCCCUGGGGGGGCCUGGGGCCCCUGCUCCUCUCUGGUGUCGGGGGUGCUGUACGGCUCCUUCUCGCUGCGGGACCUCUUCCCGGGCCCCCAGGCCCUGGCCACCGGCUGCUCCUGGACGGUGGAGAACCCGGACCCCACCAAGUACUCGCUCUACUUCCGCUUCAACCGGUGGCCCGAGGUGUGCGGUCGAUUCGCGCCGGCCGUGCUCCCUCUCGACCACUACCUGGCCAACCAGACGUGCGCCCCCGCCGGCCAGCCCCUGGACCCGGAGGCCGUGGAGCUCUGCCGCAGCCCGGUGCCUCACACCUUCCUGCAAUUCGAUAAGAACUUCGUGCAGCUGUGUCUGACCGCUCAGCCGGCCGCCACGCGCGUGGAGUUGGUCGCUGAGGAGACGGGCGCCGGCGGCGACGGUGGCGGGGACAGUGAUGGUGAGGGCGGACGGGGCGGCGGCGAGGACAACGAGGGCUCUCGGGAGACGGAGAAGGAGGAGCGUCUGACGACGGUCGGCGCGGAAACGCUGGACUUCCGUGUGGUGGAGGUGCUGCUGAUCAACAACGAGAACUCAUCGCGCUUCACGUGCGGCGUCCUGUGCCGAUGGUUCGAGGAGUGCGUCCGCACGUCCAGCAGCGGUGGUCACGGUCACGGCAGCGGCGAGGACGGCUGCAGCAUCACGCAGACGGGCUGCGUCUGCCCCAACGCCGGACCCCCCUCGGCCGCCACCGACGCCCUGCCCUCUGAGCUCGAGCCCCCACAACCACACCACCACCCCGUGUCCAACGUCCUCCUCACCCCGCCCGACGACUGCUGUGUCACACAGACGCACCCCAACAACGCCAUCGCCAUAGCGCCCCGGGACGUCCGUCAAGACCCUGACGAUGAUGACCAGAAGGUAAAGACUCAGCGGCCGCGAUCAGCUGACCAACCAGGAGUCUUUCAGGCCCAGACAGGGGACCCCGCAGCGGAGGAGUGGUCUCAGUGGAGUGUGUGUUCGCUGACCUGUGGCCAGGGCUGGCAGGUGCGCACGCGCUCGUGUGUGUCCUCCCCGUACGGGACGCUGUGCAGCGGGCCACUGCGGGAGACGCGGCAGUGUAACAACACUGCCACCUGCCCAGUCCAGGGUCUGUGGGAAGACUGGUCAGCAUGGAGCCUGUGUUCGGCCACGUGCGGCCGCGGGUCUCGGACUCGAAGCCGGAGCUGUGUGGAGCCCCUGGAGGCUAGCGCCACCUGCAGGGGCCCAGAGGUGCAGUCCAAACUCUGCAAUAUAGCCGUGUGCCCGGUGGAGGGCCAGUGGCUGGACUGGUCAGCGUGGUCCCGUGUGGCGUGGCGUGGCGGGGCUCCCAGCAGGGGACAAUGGCUGCGGUCGGAUGUCCGCGGAUGGGCCCGGUGUAAAGGUCCUCAUCUUUCCUCUCUCCUCCUCCCCUCCUCCGCAGGAGGUGGUAACUGGGGUGAUUGGAACUCGUGGAGUCCGUGCUCCAAAACGUGUGACUCUGGUUGGCAGCGGCGCUUCCGCAUGUGUGAAGGCACCGGUGUCCAAGGUUACCCGUGCGACGGCUCUGGAGAGGAGGUGCGCGCCUGCAACGACAAGAAGUGCCCAGCCCCCAAUGAGAUCUGUAAGGAAGAGUACCUGCUCGCCAUCACGUGGAAGCGGGCAUCAGCUGGAGAGACUGUCUACAGCAAGUGUCCAGCCAAUGCCACUGGAUCUGCUAGUCGUCGUUGUCUCCUGGACUCAAAUGGCGUUGCUUACUGGGGUCCUCCGAGCUUCGCCCGAUGCGUCUCACUCGAGUAUAGAUAUUUACAUUUAUCUUUGCGAGAGCAUCUUGCGAAGGGCCAGAGGACCCUGGCUGGAGAGGGCAUGUCUCAGAUCGUGAGGAGUCUCCUGGAGCUCAUGUCCCAGCAGGCCUACUACAGCGGGGACCUGCUGACCUCCGUGGAACUCCUCCGAAAUGUGACGGACACCUUCAAGCGAGCAACCUACGUACCAGCUCCCGACGACGUGCAGAAAUUCUUCCAGAUUGUCAGCUUGAUGUUGGACAUGGAAAACCUUGAGAAGUGGAAAGAUGCCCACCAGGUCUCUCCAGGUGCUGCUCUCUUGAUGAAAGUUGUGGAAGAUUUCAUUCAUUUCCUCGGCGAGUCACAGAAGCCUUUUCAGACCUUUUUGGCAGUGACCAACAACCUCAUGAUCUCCAUCCAGCGUGCGGUCUCGGCCGUCUCUAGUGACAUUAACUUCCCGGUCAAAGGUCGCCGGGGGAUGAAGGACUGGAGCGCAUUGCGGGGACAAACUCUUCAUCCCCAAAGGGUCUUCAACCUGUCCUCUGAGGAGUCCGAUGAAACCUCCUACUUCGUCAUCGGAAGCAUCCUCUACCGUACACUGGGCUACAUCCUCCCUGAACCAAAAGAUUCAUUGGUGAUCAACUCGAAGAUUCUGACCGUGAUGGUGCGACCACAGCCAAAGCUCACCGAUCCCGUGGUCGUGGUGCUUGCACCACUGCUCAACGGCACGACAGACCCACAGUGUGUCACCUGGGACUAUGGGAACAUAGAGCCUGGCGAAGAGAACUGGGAAUCGGAGGGCUGCCAGACGCUCCCAUCUCCUGUCCACACCAAAUGCCUCUGCAACCAGAUCUCCACCUUCGCAGUCCUCGCGCAGAAAGUUAAAGGCCCGGUCAUGCCUCCCUCUGGGAUGCCCUCCGUCCCCCUGAUGGUGGGCAGUGGGGUCUCCUGCACUGCCCUCUUCAUCAUGCUGCUCAUAUAUGCUGCCUUCUGGAGGUACAUCCGCUCGGAGAGGUCCAUCAUCUUGGUGAACUUCUGCCUCUCCAUACUCGCCUCCAACAUGCUUAUUCUAGUAGGACAGUCCCAAACACUCAGCAAGGGACUGUGCACUAUGACAGCUGCCUUCCUGCACUUCUUCUUCCUGGCGUCGUUCUGCUGGGUGCUAACGGAGGCGUGGCAAUCUUACCUGGCCGUCAUCGGCAAGAUGAGGAGUCGCCUCAUACGCAAGCGUUUCCUGUGCCUGGGCUGGGGUCUCCCAGCUCUCAUUGUAGCCGUGUCUGUAGGCUUCACCCGGGCAAGAGGAUAUGGCACCUCCAGCUAUUGCUGGUUGUCUUUAGAAGGUGGUCUCCUCUAUGCGUUCGUCGGUCCAGCAGCGGUCAUUGUGCUGGUUAACAUGCUGAUUGGGAUUGUGGUCUUCAACAAGCUCAUGUCCAGAGACGGCAUUUCAGACAAGUCGAAAAAGCAGCGAGCUGGUCCUCCGCCGCCACUGGAGGCCCGUAGCCGGCUGCUCCUCAAAUGCUCCAAGUGCGGAGUGAUCUCCAACACGGCCAUGUCCAGAGCCACCACCAGCAGCGCCAUGGCGUCGCUGUGGAGCUCCUGUGUAGUGCUCCCCCUGCUGGCCCUGACGUGGAUGAGCGCCGUGCUGGCCAUCACUGACCGGCGCUCCACGCUCUUCCAGGUGCUCUUCGCCGUCUUUGACUCUGUCCUGGGCUUCGUCAUCAUCACAGUGCACUGCGCCAUGCGCCGUGAGCCGCGGUGCCCACCGUCGCAGGCAUGCGGGCAGGAGUGUGGCACGCUGCGAUAUUCCUCCACUUGCCCCCCGACGUGCCCCCAAGCAUGCCACCAGGCGUACCAGUCGGCCGGCCUGCCCUCGCUGCUCUGCAACAACCAGACCCUGAGCCAGAGCCUCAACCACAACCUGGCCCCCCCGGGGUCACCCCUGCCCCGCCCACGCCUCCCCUGCCGCCCACAGCCACCGCUGACCCCAGCUUUCUUGGGGCGGGUGCGAUCGCACGAGCACAGACACCCUAACGCCCACGCUCCGCGGGGCACGCCACCGGCACGCCCCGGGCCUCGCCGGCGCACUGCACGGCGGCAACGGCAUCACCCGGGCAGCAUGACCCCGGGCAGCAUGACCCCGGGCAGGGCCAAAAGGGCACUCUCACUCUCGCUCACCCUCACGAGCGGGGGCACAGCCAGGCCUCUGACCAAGCCAGUGUCCAUGCCCAUUCUACACGGUCAUGAACACAGGAGGGACCACGACUAUGAGUACUCUAAUGACUACGUACAUGCUCGCGAUCACGGGCACGCUCGCGACUAUGAGCACUCUCAUGAUCACGGGCACGCUCGCGACUAUGAGCACUCUCAUGAUCACGGGCACGCUCGCGACUAUGAGCACUCUCAUGAUCACGGGCACGCUCGCGACUAUGAGCACUCUCAUGAUCACGGGCACGCUCGCGACUAUGAGCACUCUCAUCACCACGGGCACGCUCGCGACUAUGACCACUCUCAUGACCUCGGACACGGGCACGCUCGCGACCAUGGCAACAUGCAUGACCUCGGCUACCCUCAUGACCACGGCCUCGGUCUCAACCAUGGACACAUCACAACGGACUUCGAGAAGGAUGUGGACUUAGCCUGUCAAACGGAGAGGGGACAUCCAUUUAUUUUUAAGGAAGUGAACACCUGUAACCCGGCAACCAUCACCGGGACGCUGUCCCGCAUCUCUCUGGACGAGGAGGACGAUCCCAAGCUGGCCGCCCACCAGGAGGGGGUCAACUUCAGCAGCCUGCCGGGCAACAUCCCCCCUCCCAACCUCCUGGUGGCAGUGCCCCCUCUGGGCACGCUCAACGAGCUGGGUGGCGACUCCACGCCGCUCAAGAAGGAGGUGAACGUGGAGCAGCAGGGUCAGCAGGGGCAGAGCGGUCAGCACCAGCGUUCCGCGCCCGUCUACCUGUGCACCGACAGCGGCCUGGGCUGGGCUCGGCCGCCGGCCGCGGUGUCGUCCGGUUCCAACGGCUCAGGAGGGAGCGGGAGUGGGAGCGGAGGAGGAGGAGGAGGAGGAGGAGGGGGCGGCGAGGGCGACUACAUGGUGCUGCCGCGGCGAACGGUCAGUCUGAAGCCGCCCCCGCCGCCGAAGGACGAGAGCAAGCCGCUGAACAUCGCCCUGGACGACCCGCCAUUCCCGCCUCCUCCGUCGCCCAUGACGCUGCAGCCGGCGGACGGAGAGCCCGUCGCGUACGCGUCCGACUUCAGCUCGGUGGCCGCCGGCGUGCCCAUCAACAUGGACCACCACCACCACCACCACCACCACCACCACCACAUGGGGGUCAACCUGAACCGCUCGUACAGCACCCUGAAGCAGCUGCCCAGCACCGCCUGCACGCCCAACGCCACACGCCAACCCCCAACGCUGGAGGCGGACCCGCCGCGCUUCCCACGCCCAACCUGCCUGGGCAGCACCCACGCCCACCCCGGCCUCCCGCACGGAUCCCUGGAGAGGAAAAGAGUACGGUACUCUGAACUGGACUUUGAGAAAGUGAUGCACACUCGCAAAAGACACUCUGAGCUCUACCAUGAGCUCAACCACUCUUCCAAGUUCCACACCCUAGACAGGUAUAACCGGGACCCAGCCAUGUCCACAUUCAAGAGGGAAAAGCGUUGGAGCAUUUCUUCUGCCGGAGGCGAAAAGAACUCUUCAGUGUAAAAGUCCACAGCAGAUGACCAGCACUCCUGGGACAGCUUCAAGAGCAUGACCCCUGACCCCACAACCUGUCUCCCCAGCGACCAAUCCGACCACCUGGAACUCCACAACAAGACCUGGGACGCCACCUCUGCCAACACCCCCGACACGUCGGAGGGCGACUUUCAGACUGAAGUGUGACGUGAACACACGCACGCGUACAGACACACACACACACACACACACACAUAGACACACAAACAAAUACACACACACACUCUUACACAUACACACAUUCACAAAUGCAUACAGGAAAAAAAAACACCACCACAUGAUAUAUAGUCUCUACAGAUGAUGACAUCUGACCUUCCCGAAGAGAAUGGAACUCUUGUUGACGCUUCGUAGCUGUGUUCUCAAAGCGAGAGACUUUCUUGUGUAUGCCAGAGGGAGUAACGGACCUGAACUGCGGAAACAACUCCAAAAACGAGAAGAGAGGAUGGUUCUAUUCUAUAUUUUCACACAAACACUUUCAAAUGGAGACGAGGAGUUUGGUGAUGGCUGAGGGAGGGGGGUGGGUGGGAUUUUUAAGGAAAAAAAACUGUUUCUGAAAUGUCUUGAUUUUACUCCAGAAAAAGGAUCCUCUUUCACGUGUUUGAUGAUUUGAAACAAAAAAAGAGAAAAAAAACAAGAAGAAUAUUUCUGCACCAUUCUUUUUAUAGAGAAAAAAAGAUAUUGUACUGAUGUUUCGCUCUCUGUAUCUCCUCUCUUCUCUCACCCUCUUCCUCCAGGGACUUCUGCUCAUCCCCCCCCCCCCCUCCUCCUGAAGGAGAACUCCAAACAAUUUUUUCGGGGGAGGUUUAAAAAAAAAAGCAGUUUAUUAAUAUGUGCCAUCCUUUUUUCGGUUUUUCUGUUCUGGCAUCCUGUAGUCUCUCUGCUCUUCUCUCCCGACACCCUUUGAACAUUGUGUUUCCGUUUUGUAUUUUUUAUUAGUCAUUUCCUCCAUUUCUGUUUUCUCCUUUUUUGAGUAAAAAAAAGAGAGAGAAAAAAAA